AUGCUGCAAAAAAACGAAAACAUGGAUUCACGCAGAGAACAGAAAGAUAAAACUAAUCCAGUGAAGGGUGUAAAUUUUAAAAGGCAAAAAUUAAGUGAUGGGGGAGAUUUGUGCGCCUCUGCAACUCUGCUACAAGCUCCGGAUGACACCCCCAGUGGAAAAUUUUUAUAUAAAAGUGCGGACACCAGGGGCAGUAGGCAAUCCAGUGGAAGUAGUGAACGUGAAGGCCACUUUCGGGAAAGCCACACAAACCUGUGCAAGAACGUUGUCAAGACAGAAAUGGAAAGCACCACUUCGAUGAACACUAAAAUUAGAAGAGUCUUACGGGGGAAUGACCACUCUAUUGAUUACCAAAAUGGUUACCCCCAAAACAUGCAUACGCUUGAGCAGCAAACGGACAUGGUAAUGGGAAAACAUGUAGGGAAGGCAAACAGUGUGGGUAAUCAUGAAGCUCCCAUCAUGCGAAACCACGUUAGUGAUACGUACAAGGCUCUCAUCAACAUUUGUUUAAAGGAAAUUAAAAAAAAUGCUAUUCCAGAAGAUGUGGACGAUGUGUAUAGAGUCCUUAAAAACAAGGACUUGAUAUUUGAUGAUGAUAAAAUGGGUCGCAACGAAUAUGUCAGGAUGAAGGAACACAUAUCCCGUGGGAGUAACUCAUCCAGUGACUCAAAACCAUCAUCCUUUACUCAUCGGAAACGUUGGCAUAACUCUGUCUAUAUCCAGACGGGUGAUAAAGUGUCCCCCUACGAAGUAAAUAGCAAGAGGAACAAACGUAGAAGCAGCUCUAUUAGAAUCAGAAACGGCAGAAAUGAAGCACCCAAGAGCUAUCCUGGGGAAGGUGAAAGGAGGGACUAUAACAACUGGAGUGAUGAGGAACAGGAGGGUGUCAGAUGUAACCAGUCGGGCACGGAAGAUGUUGGACAUAUGGCUGAUGGCACACAUGGAGCUGAUGGAACACAUGGAGCUGAUGGAGGGGACGAAUUGAACGUAGAUCGGUCUGCCAAGAAGAAACUGAAAACGGGAAUGGAGAGAAGUGCCACCGCAAUAGAAUGCAUCAAUUCGUACCCAAGUAGAGGAAUCACCCUUGCGAGAGCCACCACUAGGGAGAAAAUCGAAUCGGACAUGUACAAUAUAUUCAAAGGGGUAAUAAACAUGCUCACGUGUAAAUACCCGGAGCACAACAUAAAGGAGUUCUUCUUUAGCAGCCAUGAUAAACUGAAAGAAGAAUAUGAGAGGAACAAAAGUAAGUCCAUACAAAUAACUAGCUACGAGCCUAACAAGUGCAACAACAUAUACACCAAAAUAAAGCAGGAACUAUUUUACAUGACGAACAACACCAAACUAAGGAAUCACAUAAUUAACAGAAGGUAUAUGUUUGAAGUUUACAAUUAUUGUGUGAAAAAUAUUAAGAGAAAUAUAACCGUACUUUCUCAUUUUAUUCCAAAUAAAAAGGAUUUCAAGUUUAUAACGAAAAUGAAAUUUAACAACAGUUGUGAAAAUGUUAUAACAUCUGGAAAGGAUGGAUAUAUAAAAAUCUUCCAUGCCAUGACAGGUAACCUAAUCCUCUGCAUUAGAGCACAUCAGAAUGCCAUCUCUGAUUUUGAUAUUCACCGUUCUGAUAAGUACAUACUCUCCUGUGAUGAAAAGGGAGUAGUUAAAUUUUGGCUAAUUGAUAAACACAAAUUUAAAACGCUCUUCACAUAUAGAAGAACGUUUCUAAUGAAGAAGGUGCAGUUCUUUUAUCAUGAAAAGAGGAACAACCAUCACAAUAAUGGAAAUGGUACUUACAAAACUUAUGCUAUCUGCUCCACCAACUCCUACUUCUUUAUCAUAAUGUUUGAUGACCUUAGUAAUGAUUCACAAUUGUUAUACUCCAUGGAUAUGAAUCUUGGAGUGGUUAAAUUUCCUCCCUACAUUCAAUUUGCCUAUUCUCUAAGUUAUAACGUAUCUCCCUACAUGUACAACUCUUUGAUCAUGUCCAAUGGACCCAUUAAAGGAUUAAAGAAUUGUUACCUCAUGUUUAUUAACACGUCUAACCAAUGUGUCGAAAAAUAUUGUGAGAAGAAUGAUUUUUCCAACACCACCAAUUAUAAGAGGAGGAAGAAAAAACUAAUGUUUCUACUACUUACUUCCAAGCCAUUCUACGAUGAUGAAGAAAGGUGUGACGACCUGCUAAGCAUCACCCCCAAUGAUGUAAACUUCAUCACAUAUGUUAACAAGAUUGAUGAGAGUAAAUAUAAGAGUGCCCAAACCGAUGAUGUUAUCGAGUUGACUGACAAAGGAGAAAAGAAAAAACAAAAAAUGAGUGAAGAAGAUCUUUCAUAUGCGAAAAUUUUUCAUUGUUUUGAUAUCAACAUUUUACAAAAUAAUACUAAGAAGAAUAUUGGUUUUUCUCUGUUCAAACGGUUCGAAGAUUUUAACGAAGAAAUUGUCCGCUUCUCCUUCUCUAACCGUUCUGCUGAUUUCCUCACUGUGCAGUUUAACGGUUCUAUAUUUCUCUGGCACUUCCAGGACUACCUCGACAAGGAUGAGGGCGCCAGACGAAACAGGAACUAUGCCCGCAGCAAAAAUGUGCAUAGUGGUGAACGUAGCAAAAUCAACAUUUGCUGCUUCUACACCUCCCUGUACGUUGAAUUUUUCAUGGAAUCCUUGGCCUUGAACGAGAGCAAUAAGGCCAAGGGAGGGAAAACCGACCUGGGAGGCUCCCGGGGUAAAGGGGAGGAUGCUGAUAAGUUUGGCGAUAAGAAAAAUUUCAGGGGUAACGAAAAGAACAAUUCUACGAAGGAUGUGAAUGAUGAAAAUGAGUACGAUAAUUUGUUUGUUAUAUCUUCUACGUCCUGUUCGUCGUACUGUUACUCCUCCAGUGGGAAUGAAAACGUGCCAAGGGUCAACAGGGAGAGGGAACUCAAGAGGAAGCGGCUCCUUAGAGCACAGCGGGAAGUCAACCUCAGCGGAAGUGCACCACUGGGGACAAGGGUUCCCGAUGAGAAUAACAAAUCUGGAGAAGCCAAUAAUGCACUCGGUGAAGACCCGGGGGAAACGAACAAUGCCAGCGUCAUCAUGGAGGGCAUCGUCCACAACAGUGCCAGCGCCAAUGGUAGGAGGAGGACAAAUGGAAAUAAUAGAGGUGACACGAAUCGGCUUGCAUCUAAUGAUCUGUCAACUAUCCAACUCAGCACAAACCGCUUCACAUCGAACCGAUUCACAUCAGACGGCUUGACAGAAAAUCGCCUGCACACCAACCAGGCGAGCGCAAAAAGCAACACACAAUGCGUAUACAACGAGAAGGCAAAUAGUAACAAGCCAAAAAUGAGAGCCAAAAAGUUAAACUACAAAAUCAGCAACAUCGCUUUUAACAUUUCUGAUGAGUAUCUGAUCGUGGCUGAUGGCAUAACUAACAAGUCUAACUCAUCGAAGGAAGACACCUUUGCUGUGACCAUGAAAACCAACCUAUCUAUAUUUUGUCUGAGGACCUAUGAAGAAAUUAAAAACUUCGACCUAAAAAAAUGUAACAGUUAUGUUAGUUUUAUCAAGCCAAACCCGUUCUUCACAGAUAUAAUUCUCUUUGGCUGUUUUAGAAAAUACAUUUAUUUGUUAAAUGUACAGAAGAAGAAAAUUAUAAAAAAGUAUUCGUACGAUAGUGAGUUGAAAAACUUAAGUGCGGAGUGGAGUAAAAAUGGCUAUCUCUUCAUCGUCUCUCACAAUUAUGGCUACUUCUCCAUUUUCACGAUGAACAGAAAUGCCUCCUACAAGUUAACUCUAUGCGAUCAAAUUACCUCUUACCAACUUUGCUCGUUGAACGAUCCCAGCAUUAAUGAAGUGACGGAGAAUUAUGACAAUAUGAAUUCGCUCCCAGAUGUAUUUAUGUAUGAUUCUCUCGAAGCAAAUAAUAUGGAUGGCGCGGUAGAUAUUGUGAGAUUUAACCAAGGUGGUACGAGAGGAGGAGGCGUAACUGCCCCCAGAGGAUUCUUCUUCGGAGAGGGGAUAUACAAUUCACCUAGUUUUAACGCGGCUGUGGAAAUCGCAGGGGUACGUGGAAGCUUCAACCACAAUUGGAGCGGAGCCACCGUAAUCGAUACCACUGUGAGGAAUGGGCCUACUACCAGGAAUGGACCCACGACGAGGAAUGGACCUACUACCAGGAGUGGUACCGCUUCGCGGAACGAGGCGCAUGGAAACAGAGGGAGAAGAGCCCCCCGGCGAAGCAAUCGAAUUAUAGAAGACAGCUCGGAGCUCUCCUGCUCGGCCAACUCCAUUUAUACGCUCUACACGGAUAGCAACUCCAGAACUUCGGUACAAAACGGGAAAGAAGCAAAUGAUUCCAAGAGAAAAAAAAAAACAAAAAAAAAAAAAAAAAACAAAGACGGUUCAGAUGGUGGCAGCCAGAAGAGCCAAAAUGAUGAAGUCAGAAUUAUCGACAAAGACAGUUUCGAAGGGAAGGAAGAAAAACACGUUAUCAAUUUGGAGAGCAUCCCCUCAAACAAGGAUGAAGUUAUCAAUGUAGAAGAUGUGCACCGAGAGUGCAUUAAAAAUAAUUCCACCCGAAAGAAAGAAGUUAUUAACCUUGAUAGCGUCAUCAGUGACAAUUACUCCUACGGGUUUAGGAGCAAAAGGACAGCAAGGAACAGAUCCACCGCGUUGAAUGUGGGAACCAGGUCAAGUGCAACCAACACGGAAAAUGCACCUAGGCGAAAGAGGCUUCAUAUAGCUAGAAAGGAGGAUACCCAAAAUUUAAGUAGUCAUUCGAAUGACCACCCCAGUGGAAGUGACAGCGGAAGGGAUGAUGCUCUGUCAAGGGAAGGAAGUUCGAAUGGGGAAUACACAUAUCCUUCUAGGAAGAGCCCCUUCCAAAGAAACAAAAAGAGAAAUAGACAUAUGCCUUCCUCAAAUUUUAAAGCUAAAAGCGGUAAACACGACGAGUGCUUGUUAACUGGAGGUUCCCACGAAAGGGAAGGAGCACAAUAUUCAUACGAUGUCAGUAUUAGCAAAUUGAAAGAAUUUUUCAGUGGAGAGAAGCGAAAGGAAAACGAAGAGUUCGUGAAGAGGGAUCGAUACAUGAGUGAUUGGGACACCGAUUUUGAAAAAUGUAGUUCCAUUAAUUUUUUUAGUGACAAUUCAAAUUAUGCAAGUUAUUCUGAUGAUAUGUUUGCAGAUUCAUCUGAAGGGUUCAAAAUGGGUUCGAUCGGAAGUGGGAUCCACACACCAUUCGAAUCGGACCUACAUGGACACGUAAAGCAUGUGAGUAGGCGGAAGAACCCAUGUGAUCGCUCCGAUGGUGCACCACGGAAGGGAAGAUGGGAACCACAUAAUUCAAGCACCAUGUGGUCAUUAAAACGGGGGGCUAAGGGGGGAAGUCACCCCUUGAGUAGUAACGCCAGUAGUAGCAGCCGGCAGGACGAUUACGAUGACCACUACGACGAAUGGUCAGGCGAACCUAGCACAGUUGACCGUGCAAUUGCCCCUACUUCAGAGCGUACCCCCCGCAGAAAAAACAAGCUCAGCAAGGAAGGAAACAACCCUUGUCUGCUAAACUUCACAAACGCAAACAUUUUGGUGGACAAGAAAUUUAAGAUAUAUGAAGAGCACCUGCAGCCGAUGCUUCCAAAAUAUUCAAGCUUCAAUUGCCAUAAAAAUUAUUUAGAGAAAAUUACGAGAUCCCCGGUGGAUCCCAUAUGCGUCCAGAUGAACUACUUGGUCCAAAUGUGCAGGAGGGUGAAGAGAGACAACUCCAUAAAUCUGAAGUCUCUCCUUACCUUUGACCUUCUGUACAAAGCAUUAAUAAAUUAUGGAGCAAGUGGCGAUGUUACGACACUCACUACGGUGAAUCCCGGUACUCACCAUGCAUGCGGUGUUUCCCCCAGAAGGGAUCACAAGAAAUGGUUGAACCAGAGAGGGGCGAGCAUUUCCCACGGUAGUACUUUCGCAGAUGUGUUGGGUGAGUAUAGAAGCAGCUCAGUCAGUGAUGGACACCAUUGCGGAGUCGAUAUGGAAGAGCGCCUUAGCCACCAAGGUGUCAAGGUCAAGAAGAACUUCCAGGUGGUAAAUAGCAUGGGGGAGGAGGAACUCCAACCCAGAAUUCCCGCCCAUAGGAAGAAUGAGAAAAGUGAAGCGUUCCUCCGGCUGUUGCGGGGUUGCGCGCGUGAUAAAAUCGGAGGUGGUUUCAACAGUUCCACCUUCGAUGGUGGAAGGAGCAUGGAGGACCCUUCCUCUGAACCGAAUCGAGAUUUCAAAGGGAAAGAAAGCCCGUUCAGUGCAACACUGAGCAGAUGUAUAGAAACGUUCAAACGGAAAAGCUCCUACAAGGACAAGUACAAGAUGUGCUAUGUGAACGCCAUGCGAGUAGGCCGGUCGUACAAACGGUUCAUAAGUGUAAGUUCAAACUUUGAGAGAAGCAGUGUCCUAAGCCACUAUAGCAGUGAAGGGAAAAGGAUCCACGCGAAGAACCCAUUCCGAGAACAAAUGGACGAAAUGAGUCAAUCGUUGAUCUACCAAGUUUUGAAAAAGCUUCCUUGUAGAGAAGAAGAAGACAUUGAUACUUUUAUUUAUUAUAAGAAGAAAGCCUACGCAGAAAAAAACAUUAAAGAAAUUCUUCAUUGUUAUCUGAAACACUACACUAACGUGGAUAGAAACAUGAGGCAGUUCGACCAUAGGUUGUUCAUCUACACAAACAACAACCGAAUGCUCUUUAUAAACUCACACACGAUAAAAUUAUUGAAAAUUUUAGAAGAGAGUUACAGUAAAAGCUUAAUUAGAGAAAGCUUCAACCUAAUGAAUAAUUGUCAGCUGAAAGGAAGAAACUGUAUAAUUAAAAAUAUCGAUGGGAUCAACAACUGUAGCUUCCUGAACCCAUAUUCCUUGUAUCUAAGGUCCACUGGAAAUUAUGAUUUUCUAAAUUCAAGAAAUGUUCAAAAUUCUCUACUCUCCAGUUAUGCUAGGUACAAUGAAUUAUUUGCAAUGUUUAGAGGUAGCAUGCAAGCGAACAAUUUAGCAACUGGAGUUGGUUCACGCAACAUUGCCAAUGGAGGUAGCACUGCUAGCUUGGCUAACGUUGCCAAUACGAAUAGCACCAUGAACGUUACCAACUUUUUAUUGAAUUAUGAAAACGUUUUGAGCUCAGGAAGGAAUACUGAUAUAGCUAUCAUAAGUGAACAUUCCUCAGUUUUUACUAGUGACCAAUCAGCAAACUUUUUUACAGAGGAUGAAGAAGACGAUGAUGAUGAUUACGACGAUGACGAUUAUGUUCAUGACGAUUAUGAUUUUGACUAUCGUCACGCAUCGAGUUCUUAUUCCAGAAGGAACAACAGAAGGAACAGACGCAGGGGAAAUACCCGAACUCCUAAAAGAACCACUAACAGUAGACGCUCAAACAGAACGCGCAAUAAUAAUAACACCACCCCCAGAAGGACCUCGGCUAGGAAUAAAAAAAAUAAUGAAAGGAAAAAUUACAACUGUGAUUCCGUCGUCCAUGCCAAUGUCAGGAAAAGCGACCGCCUAAGGAAUAAAGAAAUUAGCCGACGGGAGAACAACGCAGGGGGAGGGGGCAUCAAUAAUGGGGAUGAUGAUUUUCUCAACAACCAUGGAGAUGACAUUUUUAACAAUGACAAUAACAACAACGACAACGGUAACGGUAACGGCAGGCACCUCAGGAACAACGCAUCCAACUAUUCCAGAAGUCGGUACAACACAAGGUCGUCCAACAUAAAUCGGGAUUUUACCUGA